UUGGAAACAAGGAAAUUUCGUGGGUGUCACAAAAGUCAUUUCCGAAUUGAAUACAGUGCAGCAUUUACCCUCUAUAUUAACAGCAGAAUACUUGGAGGUAAUUUAGUGCUAGUAGCUAACAGCAGAGCAAGAAAAGAAGAAGAAAAUGAAGCUCUUAAAUUCUUCUUCUUCUACCUCGGCACAUUCUUCUUCUACAUUGAUUUUCAUUCUAAUUACAUGUCUGUUUGGUGGUUCUGAAAGCAGAGCAUUUUCAAAUUCCUUUUCAGUUUCUCCUAUCUACAGUCCUUAUUCAUGGCUGCCAACAAUUCCCAAGCGCAUCACAGCACCAUUACCAACUGUCAAGCCAAAGGAGGAAGAUGGGCUAAUUGCGAAGAAAUUUAGCAAAAUAGAGAAGGUAGAACAUGAUCUAGCAAAAGCUCGCGGUUCGAUUAGAGAAGCAAUUUUAAAUGGCGAGAACCAGACUAGAUCAACACCCCUUCAUGAAGAUGCAAAUGAUUAUGUUCCCCAAGGCAACAUUUAUAACAACGCUCAAGCAUUUCAAAGGAGUUACUUAGAAAUGGAGAAGACAUUCAAGAUCUUCGUGUACAACGAAGGCGAACCACCUCUAUUUCAUGACGGUCCGUGCAAAAAUAAAUACUCAACAGAAGGAAGGUUUAUUCAUCAAAUGGAGCAAGAAACAAGGUUUCGUACCUGCAAUCCAGAUGAAGCUCAUGUCUAUUUCCUUCCAUUCACUGUUGUAAAAAUGGUUUCAUACUUGUACAUUCCUGAAACAAGGGAUAGGCGAGGCAUUAAACGGGCUGCGCUUGACUAUGUUAACAUUCUUGCACAAAAAUAUCCUUACUGGAAUAGAAGUCUUGGAGCUGACCAUUUCAUGCUCUCAUGCCAUGAUUGGGGACCGGAGAUAUCAUUUCACAUUCCGAAUCUACACAACAACUCCAUAAGGGUGUUAUGCAAUGCAAAUACCUCAGAAGGAUUUAACCCUUCAAGGGAUGUAUCAUUUCCUGAAAUCUAUCUUAGAUCAGAUAAUGUUACAAGCUUCAUCGGUGGUCCACCGCCUUCUAAGCGUAAACUACUAGCAUUCUACGCUGGUGAGAUUCAUGGUUACGUUCGUUCAGUAUUCGUAAACUACUGGAAAGACAAAGGUGACGAAGAUAUCAAAGUUUAUACUUCUCUCCCAAAAAAAUUAUCCUACCUUGGCAUGAUGAAGAAGAGCAAAUACUGCAUUUGUCCAAGUGGUUAUGAAGUUGCAAGCCCUAGAGUCGUCGAAGCUAUUUACGCAGAAUGUGUUCCUGUUCUCAUUUCAGACCACUACGUUCCACCAUUUAGCGAUGUUCUAAACUGGGACGCAUUUUCAAUUCAAGUUUCGCUCAGUGAAAUCCCAAAUUUAAAGAAAAUCUUAACGACAAUACCAGAAGAUAGAUAUAUAAAGCUGCAGAGAAGCGUAAAACAAGUUCAAAGACAUUUCAUUACAAACAAUGGCGCACCUAAACGGUACGAUGUAUUCCAUAUGACCUUGCAUUCUAUUUGGCUCCGCAGGCUAAAUAUCCGAGUUCAUGAUUAGCUCAAUUGUAUAAACACCUAAAAAUGUUCAA